AAGUGCAAGUUAUUGGAGUGAUAAAUUAAAAAUGACGACCCAGUUCGAGCGGUACCAGUUUGGCGACACCGAGUUCGAAGUCCCGGCACGGUACAUCCACCUCGAGGCCAAGGGCUUCGGCGCCCAGGGCAUGGUGUGUGCCGCGUACGACACCCUGUUUGGGCGGCCCGUGGCCAUCAAGAAGCUGUCGAGGCCGUUCCAGAGUGCUGUUCAUGCGAAACGGGCUUACCGGGAGUUGCGGCUGAUGAAGUUGGUCGAUCAUGUGAAUAUAAUUGGGCUUUUGGACGCUUUCACGCCGCAGCGGAUGUUUGGGUUGUUCCAGGAUGUUUAUUUGGUGAUGGAACUGAUGGAGGCGAAUUUGUGUCAGGUGAUUCAGAUGGAACUGGACCAUGAUCGGAUGUCUUACUUGCUGUACCAGAUGUUGUGCGGGAUUAAGCACUUGCAUUCGGCGGGGAUCAUCCACAGGGACUUGAAGCCGUCGAACAUCGUGGUGAAUUCGGAGUGCAAGCUGAAGAUCUUGGACUUUGGACUGGCGCGGACAGUUGGGAGUCACUUCACGAUGACGUCUUACGUGGUUACGCGGUACUACCGCGCCCCGGAGAUCAUCCUCGGGAUGGGUUACAAGGAGAACGUUGACAUCUGGUCGAUUGGGUGUAUCUUCGGCGAGAUGAUCCGCGGUGGCGUGAUCUUCCCGGGCAACGAUCACAUCGACCAGUGGAACAAGAUCAUCGAACAGCUGGGAACGCCCGACCCCGCCUUCAUGACCCGACUCCAGCCAACCGUUCGGAACUACAUCGAGAACCGACCCCGGUACAACGGGUUCCCCUUCGAUCGACUCUUCCCGAACCUGCUCUUCCCGGAUUGCUCCGACGGGGAGAACCGCACCAAAGCGGACCAAGCCCGCGACCUCCUCAGCCGGAUGCUGGUCAUCGACCCUGACCAGCGCAUCUCCGUCGAGCAGGCCCUGCAGCACAGCUACAUCAACGUGUGGUACGACGACCGGGAAGUCAACGCCCCGGCCCCGGGACCUUACGAUCACACCAUUGACGAGCGGGAACUCAGCGUCGAACAGUGGCGUCAGCUGAUCUACGAAGAAGUGAGGGAGUUUGAGGUUCGGACGCGGGCGAUGUUUGGCGAGGGCAGUUCAAGGUCACCGCUGGUUGGGUGUCAGCUGCAGACGACGACUUCUUGAGGAGUCUGAAAUAAACGUGUAAUUACCAAAAAAAA